AUGGAUCCGAAGUGUUUAUACGGUCUUGACGGUUCCGAUUCAGGAUUUGAAAUGAGCUUUGACUCGGAAAAUGAAGCUACGUUUUCAUUGGACGAUACAAUGGGCUCCGAGGGUUUCGCUUCGUCCGUGAGUUUAGCCGACGACGACCUACAAGUAAAACCAAAAAAACGCCGACAAAGAAGAACGAGAGAACGAAGUCCAAUGCAGCUGAUUAAAAUAAAAAAACACCGGCGCAUGAAGGCAAAUGACAGGGAACGAAAUCGGAUGCAUAUGUUAAACGAAGCUUUGGACAGACUUCGAUGUGUAUUGCCAACAUACCCAGAUGAUGCGAAAUUAACAAAAAUCGAAACUCUCAGGUUCAAAAACCCUUUUCUCUUAUUUAUGUUUAAAAAGUUGGUAUUAUUUACAUUCCACACAUUUAAUUGCUGUUAUCAUAAUUUAUUGGAUACUCUUAUUAAUGACAACAUUUCAAAUUUUCAGAUCACCUCUUCUACGGGAACGUGUGCUUUGGCACARCAGAAGAAACCGUGCUCACCGAUCACCGAGCCACUGGCGACUUCGACGCCUAUAAAGGAUUCGUCCAAGCUACACCAACACUCAUCGACAAACCACUGUCUCAAUGAUUCUGGUUACUUCGAACCACAACGUCUCGACCACCUUUUUGGUAUAACCGCCGAUCAUACAGGACAUGACCAAAAUUACCAACCAGACARAUGGCUUCAGAAACCGAACGACACUCAGCACCAGAAUCACCACCAGCUACCCACUUUGACCAACAAGACGUGGCCCGAAACGGCGUACUGCAAUGAAUACCAACCUACUUGGCCGCUGCAGAACGCGUGGCACAAUCAYGGACCAUUGACGUAUCCGUCAUCUGCUAUAGACCAGAGGUGCCAUGAACCGAUGAUGUUCUACUCCUGAAAUUGGUAAGAAAAAACACCAUCACUUCGGCACUAAUACGGGGAGAAUUGAAUGCCACCCGCGGCUAUCGGUUUCUGAUCGUCACCAUUACUCAUCUACCCCGCUCUCRCUCGGUACUUUAAUUAUUUGUCUGCCCAAGUGACAAGACAAUGUCCGACAUGUUUAUAUAUACUAUUAUUUUGUACUUUUGUUUAUAUUUAUAUAUAUAUAUACUAUUUUAUUUUUGUUCGUAAGCACUCGUUACCGCGGCGAACGAUAAACAAUAUUAUAUUUUUGUACCUAUUUAUUAUUAUUAUGUAA